CUGUUGUGUGUUACUGUCAACUGUCAAUAUCAACUGUGACUCGUUCAUUUUAUAUAGUUUUGUUUGUAGUUAUUCAAUAAGAAAUUGUUAAAAUAACCAAGAAAACUAUUGCGAUUUUAUAAUGAUUGGCGUAAUACCAAUUUUAUUAACGAUAGGUUUAUUCGGUACUGCACAGUGCCUCAACAAUCCUGUUGAAGAAGAAUUAGGUAGUGGCAGGUAUGUCAUUGAAGGAAGAGUAUACCCUCCUGAAGACCAAGAACUGCUCAAUUGGCAGGUGGACACCCGUAUCCAUGUGAAUGGAGGAGAGUAUAUAGGUUUCAUCAGGGAAGAUGGUACAUUUGUGGUACAUAACAUACCAACAGGUUCCUACGUAGUAGAAGUUAUUCACCCAGAUUACAUGUAUGAACCAGUCCGCGUGGAAAUCAAUUCUAAAGGCAAGUACAGAGCUAGGAAACUGAAUUACAUACAGACUUCUCAAGUGAUACAAGUUCAAUAUCCACUUCGCAUGAAGGCCCUUUCGAAGUUCCGAUAUUUCCAAGUACGCGAGCAGUGGCGUCUGACUGACUUUUUGUUCAACCCUAUGGUGAUUAUGAUGGUUCUACCAUUGUUCCUUAUUAUGAUUCUACCAAAAAUGAUGAAUGAUCCAGAAACAAAAGAGGACUUGAAACAGAUUAGUAAUUUGGCAAAAAUGUCUGAAAUACCAGAAAUGUCAGAGAUGAUUACUUCACUAUUCAGUGGAGGCUCUUCAGCCAAAGCAUCUAGUUCCAAAGCCAAACAAGUAAAGAAGAGGCAAUAGUAAUAAUUUAGUCAUUGUAAUUAAGUUUUUAUGAUUGAAUAUUAUGUAGGGAUAGUUUUAUUUAUGAACAAAAUAAAAUGUAUUGACUUUUUUUUUAUUAUAGAAUUAUAUAUUACAUUACUGACAGUUUGAAUAUUCUUGUACAUAACUAAAUAGAAAGAAAAAAAAAACUCAUUGAUUAGUCAUUCACUUAGCAACUGUUUAAUACCUGUAUGUAUUUAAAGCUAUAAUUAUGUUGUGUUGAAAUAAAAAACAAAAAUCA